AUGUCAGAUAGAUCAUUAUCUCCAUCAGAUUAUUAUCAAUUGAAACAUGCCAAAUCUAUAAUGAUAAAUUAAGCAUCCUAUAAAUAGACCAGAUCAAUACACUAAAAAAACUAAUAAUUAUUACUAUUAGAAUUAAAUAAAUGUAAUCUAACUUGCAGAUGUUCUAAUUGCGGAAAUCCAAUCGGAUUCUAAUUAAAAAUUCUAGGAGAAUUACCACUCAAAGAAACUUCGUAUAAUCUAUUAAAUAUAUAAGUUAUUAGAAAAAGAAAAGAAUCUUAAAAAAAUUGAAGGCUAUUGGAAAUGCAAUUAUUUUUAUACUAAUCUACAAAUAAGAAGCAAUUAAAAACUGGAAAAAAAAAAUGCAUAUGCUAAAAGCAGCUAGAAACUUAACGAUAAUAAGAAGACCUGCACUUCAGUAAUCAGGACAUUUAUUACCAAAUAUUUAAGCUAAUAAAUUUCCUAUCAAGUAUUUGAUACAUUUUAAAAGAUUGAAAUAAUCAUCUCAUUCAUCAAUUUUCAUUCAAAAAUUUCCAUGAACCACUAAAAGCUAAUCAAAAUGAAAUAUCUCAUGCUAUACACACUCAAUAAACCUCAAGUAAUCCUAAAGAACCAAAACCAUUUGAUCCUUCACCUGCAAGAUCCAUAUAACGUCUAUAAAUAGAAAAUGCAGGUAAUAAUCAUAAUUUAUUUCAAAGGACGU